CCCCUUUAAAACCCCCAACCCCAGUUCCCUUCCCACACUGUUACAUUUCCCCAAAACCAUUUUUCUUGCAUUUUCUUUCAUUUUCUCUCAUUUUCUCUUUCGGUUUUCUUAUGGCCAAACAUCUCCAGGAGCUCCAAGAAUCCGACGUUAUUUUCCCCGACCACGACACUUGCUUAGAUUACCAAGAAAUGGAGCAUCGAAGCAACAAGUCGAAGAGCGAGAAGAGAAUGGCCAACUCCCUCCCUGUAAAUAUCCCGGAUACCAUCUUCCACCGCACGGAUAGCGAUGACUUUGAAGAGGAAGGGGACGACGGCGAAGUGGUACCGCCCCAUGUCAUAAUCGGACGGCGAAUCGUCGGGAAAAUGGCCUUCUCGGUGUGCACCGGCAACGGGAGGACCCUCAAGGGCCGGGAUUUAAGCAAAGUUCGGAAUUCAAUUCUUAGGAUGACUGGGUUUCUAGAAACGUGACCAUUGUUUGAGCCUAUAUCACCAUGACGUAUAAGCCAUGUUUACGGCUCCUUUUUUUUUUCUUUUUUUCUUUUUUAACAAAAAAAAAAAAAGAAAAAAAAAGUGAAAGGAAAUAUAUUUUCCACUCGUUACUGUUUCUAUUUAUAUAUAUAUUUAUUAUAGUGAUUUGGGAUUAUCAUUCAUUGUAAUAUAUUUUCCACUCGUUACUAGUAAGGAAGUGAAAUUUCUUUUUUUUU